GCAAGCAGCUUGUGGAGGCGCUGUACAAGUUUACUGGGCCAUCCGUGCCGGUCGAGAAGCGAGGUAACGACGAAGGCUGCCUGCAGUGGCUGUGGGAUCGAGCGCUCAAGCUGGGACGCAAGUCAGACAUCGGUCACAAGUGCGUCCUCGUUCAACGAAAUACAGGACGAGAUGCAGCCGGCCAGCUGGUCACACACCUUGUGUUCCAAGCAUCGCAAGAAUGUGCCGAUGAAAUCAAUGCUUCCAUGUGCCGACUAGUGCUCAUUGAUGAUCGCAUGUACCGCUCGUCAUUGUGCCGACCGGACGGGACAUUUGACCUCAUGAUGAAGCCUGGAGAUUUUCGCAACGAGUGUCUUGAGAUGCUCCGGUUUGGAGACUACGUGUUCGUCCGACCAUUCUCGACAACCAAGACACAUAUGAAUCCUGGUUAUCAUGUUGGUCUGGUUGCACGUGGCCUCGGAUUGCCGGACCUUUUCUGGGUGGCGGCACAGGAGCUUGAGGAUCCGAGUGUGCAGGACGUGGUGCUACUCUACAUCGCAAGUUUGGAAGAGCAGAGUAUCCUGGGCCAGGAGCUGGAAGUACUUCAGCAGUUGGAGCCGCGGUUUCAUGCAAGUGUGCUCGUGUCGGACUCGAGCUGCGGCGUCGAUCUGGAUGUUCUUGCAAAAGCAUAUCCUUUGGCUGGACCUGCCGAGUCUGUGACUGCGCGGUUUGCUUUCGCAGGGCGAUCUCCGUUCAUCCAGCAAGCGUUUCAUGUCUUGGCUAGCCUUGGUUACCCCAUGGCGAGCUCAAAGCUGUUUGGGCCCGCUUGCACGAUGUCCACUGUCUUGCGCGGCCUGGGCCGUUUCUUCGGAAAGUCCAGCUCGCCAGCAAAGCUAACUGCUCUGAAAAUUAGGUGCUCUGCAGACAUGUGGAAUGCAAGAGUCCUGCAUCGGCAUGAGCAGGAGGCAGGCUAA